CUCACACCUCCUCCUUUCGCCAUCAUCGCCAUCAUCGUUAUCAUCGUUACCAUCAUCCUGUAAAGACAGUAUUAGCUCCUUGCCGUCCUCGCCGCCAGUCCUGCCAUUCCUGUGUCUUCAUAGGACUCUCCGAUCGCACUUGUUGAGUUCGGAUUGGGCACGUACUCGUGACCAGGCCGCAAGAGCUCUUACCACUUUACUCUCAUCGACCUUUUUAUCAUUAUUCACUCACGUUUGAUGCGAGUCAGGGCUGCUCAACGUCGCUCCAAAGCCCGGGUGGGAGGGCAACUCGAUUCUCCAUCGAGGGUUCUCCGUCUAGCUAAUGUUGCAACAACAUCAUGACCACGACUUCGCAAAACCCGCCCGGUGUCUUGAAGAAGGCAGUUCUUGUUCAUGCGCCCGAUCUCAAUGUUUCUUGCCGCGCCCGCCUUCGUAUUGCCCAUGAUCAAAUUGCUAACCAAGGAUGCAUCUCCCUUUCGAUAACUGCAGAUCUCGCUAACCUGAGUGGCAGAUCACAGGUACUGACUUUGAAUAUCCCCCCGGAAAGGGUCCAACAAUGUGCUUUAGCUCGGCAAAGCAACAAUGAACUCUGUUCAUCUCAUUUAAUUCCUCUGCUCCCAGCGCCUGUCACCAAUGUUUCGGCGGUCUCUACACUGACUUUGAGCCUCUGUGCGACCGGCAUUGUUCUUUGUCCAUCUGAGAUGAACUCUUUAAGCCCAGCCACACCAGGAGACAUUGAUUUCCAUUCAUUUGCAAAGAUCUGUCAAUCCCAAUUCUUCUAUAUAUACUUCUCCAGACGACAAUUCGUGAAUAAAGAACUUGAUAAGCUGGAAAUAUUUUCCCGUGCGCUACGGAAAAGGUGUCUUCAGACAGUGUCUUUUGACCACACUCGCCAUGGCAUGGUCCAGAAAGAUUGGCGUGUCUUCAAUCUGUCGCCCGAUCCACCCCCAUAUUGUCCGGAUCUCCUAUCUGAGCGGUUGGAGCAGGUGGAUCCACCACUAUACUGUGAGGAGUCCGUGUCAGAGCAAGUAGUUAGAAAACGGCAGAGAGACCCUUGGUCAGUGUCAUCUCAUGAUGAAAGCCGAAAAAGAGUGCUCCUUCAAACCCCUCCACCGAUAGGCUCUCCCACCGAAGUAAAUACGCCAAGUACUACUCGCUCACCGUCGCCGUCCUCAAUCUGCCCAACUUACUUUACCCAUGGUUCCUCUGCUGGCGACCCAGUGCGGAAGAAACUUGCGCGUCUUGAACAUGAGCUCCGUGGUAUUUCCGAUGACCUGAUUUGCGAACUACUAAUCCGAUCCGGACGAGGACAUCUGCUGGCCACAUCAAAAAACGUAGACCGUGACCUGCCAUGCAAGGUUGAGAAGGUCAAUUCUAUCGAGGUCGAGAUGAUUGAGCAACGCCUCAAACGAUAUGUCGAUGAAAUGAUUGAGCGCCGUCUUAAAUCAGGCGUCCUGGACGAAGUUGUCGAUAGUGCUGUCAGCGAAUGUCGUGAUCAGAUCUAUGAUGAAUGCAAAACGAACCAAGCCGAAUUUCGUGAACAGGUCGAUGAUGGUAACUCCGAGGUACGCAACACGACCAUUGAAUGUAUGAAGGAGAUGAACGAACAGGCACAAAGGCACAUGCAUGAAAUUGAAGAGCAAGCGCAACAGUGCAUGAGGGAUAUCGAGGAUCAGGGUAUCGAGGUUGAGAUGUCUGCGAAGAAGAACAUGGCAAAGCUCGGGCGAUGGUUCACUACCCCUGCUCAGUCCUUACCCGAGACCACGGUAAACCCUAGCCAUGAGAUAGAUACUACUGCCAGGCGCAGUUCCAUAUAGACUCACUCCUAGUUUGAUAUCUCUUGAUCGUGAUCGUGCAAUCCCUUCUCAAAUGGUUCACGAGCAAAAUGGGUAGAGUCUUAAGGCUAUCCCAGACAUAGAGCCAGGGAUGGCGAGAAAUAUGAUGUUUAUUUUUUAAUAUCUCGAUAGAGGAAUAGAUACAUCGAUUAACACAUUGACUCAUUG